UGUCGUGAACAGUUCAAAUGACAGUCGUGGACCACCACCGCCGCCGCCGCAGCGACGAGGAUGCUCCGGGCACUGCCCCUCCCAGUAGCCCCAUUGCUCUAGAUGAUAAUGAGGACUCGCCAUGGGUGUAUUGGGCCACGCGAGGAGACUCGUGGGACUCGCAGCCCGCAUGCUGGAUCACCGACUAUGUCCUGGGCAUCCAAUGCUUUGCGUCAUUCGGUUGCAUGUUGUACAUGUCGUCGUUUUCGCGGCAAGACAUGUUUUGGUACGCCGUGUACCUAGUUGCGAUGGGAGCGACCGCCACUCUCGGCGGCGUGCUCCAUCAUGUGGCGUACAAAGCCCAGACGCGCUUUCCUGCCGACGCGAGCCAACUCCGCCGCCGUGUGUUUGGACUUCACAUGACGCAGCCCAGCGUGGAUCGAUGCAUUCGAUGGAUGUGGCGGUGCGUUCUGGGGUUGACGACGCUGGCCAACUUUGCGCUCGUGGCCGCGGCCGCCUCUCGACACCUGAACCCACACUGGUCCCAGUGGAUUAUCACCGUCGCCGGCACUGCAUACGUGGUCGUGGCAGCAAUCGCAUUCGCCACCAUGCACACGUCCGUGAUGCUGGCUGGGUUUCUCCCUCCGCUGUGCUUUGGGUCCAUUGCCGCCGUCGCCGCCUUUGACCGCGGCUGGCUGUUUGAGCUCCUCGUCCUGAUGUUCGUCCUCGUCGGCGGCCUCGUCCAAGCGGCCAAAGUCAGCCCCUCCCGGCGCCAUUUCAACCACAAUGCGCUCGCCCACGUCUGUCUUAGUGCGUCAGUGACGACCAUGGCCGUCCACUUGAGUUGGAUUGCGUGAAAAGAUUGAAAUACUUGAAACAAACAAUGCAUACAUACAUCCAUCCUAACGAGAAUGCC